GAUGCACACCUGCUAUAUACUUACAGGCAGCCACCAUGUCCCCCCUGAGCCGUCUCUUUGCCAGGCUUUUGGUAUCCAUUUAGAUAUCAAAAGUAGCGCGGUGUCCCUAUGACUGUGUCCAUUGGCAGAUGUACCCUGCACACCCCUUGUCUGGUGCCACACUCCACCCAGACUGCGAGUGUGUCCUGUCAGCCCUGCGUGUCUGCAGUGGGAAGAGCACUUGGGCCGGCUGCACGGGUUUUUUUGAACGAGGAGACCAGUUGGGAGCUCCUUUCCCAAAGGCCUGUGGGCUUUAAGGCCCUCCUUUGUGCAACUUUGCCUCUAUUGAAUGAGGCUCAGUGGUAGUGGAAGUCACCCGAUGUGAAGGUGGAAUAAGCACUCCCUUUGGCUGGGCAGAUCGGGGCAGCUGCAGGGUUUGUUUAGCAGGACCCUUUUGUCCAGCCGACAGCAGCAGGCUGCGCUGAUCAAGAGUCGGCAUAAGUAUCUAUCCAGCAGCAAUGAGUGGUGCCUGGAUCAGGUGGACCCAGUCUGAAAUGGCAUCAAUAAAACAUUCUGCAGUAUUUUGUUCUCCUUGCUGCUGGAUGUCAGUCCAAGGCACAGGCGCUUGUGUGAACUCGUCUGCGAUGACUUUUGCAAGAGUCUCCUUCAGUUUGGAUCCACAUUAAGCUGCCAAAAACUCUUGCCCAUCAGGCAUGGCAAACAGCAGGAGGCUGGCGGCUUUUCAGGAGUUCUGCCAGGGUUGGCCGGGGCACCUCCUUGCUGGGGUGGAUGAUUCAAAGCCUUUUAACCUGCAAGCAAGAUGGGACAGAAAGUCAGUCUGCAGGGCAGUGCAUUGCUGUGUAGGCCUGCCCAUGCUUGUGCUAGCCCAGAAGCAGUGCAGCCACAUAGGUCAAUUAGCCUGACUCCGCUAUCAGCCUCAGCCAGAGUGAAUAGUGUGCUAAAGCAGCUGCCCUACUUCCAGUAACAGCUUGUCCGGGUAUCUUGGCACAGCCCUGCCCUGAAUUCUGCCCCUGGGUUUCUGGUGCUGUAGGCUGCACAUCCUGCAGUGGGCCGAUCUAAAGUUCAAACCAAACCAAAUGUGAUGGUUUAAAAUUGAGACUGGGAAAUGCUCAGCAUUGUGGUCUCCUGUUCCAGUGUGACACGAGCGCAGUUUACAUUGCAUCGCUUCAGUGCUGGGGAGGCUGGGCUGGCUCAGGUUGCAGGAGCUGGUCAGGGUGAGGCUGCCAGUCUCAAGAGCUGGGAGAUGGGGAGACAUCAGGGCAGUUGGAGCAAGUGGGACAUGCCCCGAUGGGACGUCUGCAGGGACGUGGCCCUCCCUCUCACAGCGCUGAAUGAAUGCAGCAGCCUGCCGUAGCCAUGCAGCCAAGCGGCCUCCGAAGUUUGGAGCAAAGCCUGUCCCUGCUACUCCAGGGCAUUUCCUCAGGCUAAGUCUUAUUUCUGGCACAUCCCACCGUCUCGGCGGCAUGUGCGUGUCUCUGCCGUGCUGCACCCCUCUGCCUCUAAGGGGCCUGUCUUGAUGAGAGAUGGUGGCAAGCACUGCAGGCGUCUUGAUUCCUGGGAAGAGGGCUGUGUCUAACUGGUCAUUUCCUUUCCUUGCCUCAGCUUGGCUUACAAAGCAAACUCUCUUCUGUGGCUGCAACCGGAUGGGAUUAACUCCUGCAUCGCUUCUGCUGCGAGCUGACCCUCUGGCUGCAGCUUUGCCCAGGGCUGUUGGCCCCAAAGCAUUUAGAAAUCCCGAGAGGGCCCCAGAAUAGCACGGAGCAUUUAGAAAAGGUGGUGGGGGAAAGUGUCUGUGUGCCUUUCGGCUUGUGAACCUCCAGAGCGAGUCCACUUCACAUUUUGAAGUUGUCCUUCCCGCAGGCAGAGGGCUGUCAGCCCUUUUGAAUGAGAGGCGAGAUCCCUUUGUAGCUGAGGGCACUCCGCUGUGGCCUGAGCCAGAAGUGAGGGGGAGUGUGAGCCUGGCAGUAAAGCUUUGGCAGUGCUGGGACCCCCGGGUGGUGGGGAAUGGGGUGGGGUGGUGGAGUGUGCUGGGGGUACGGCCAGAAACCAAGGGAGAGGUGUGGGAGGGCCCCAGUGCUCCCUGCAGCGCGGGGGGCUGCGUAGUGAGGCCGUGUCAGAGCAUUUGCAUCCAGGCACCUGCUGAAACUUCCCUUUGUUCCCCCUCGUGCUAUGUUUAGCUGCCACUGGUGACCUUUUGCGGCUGCUUCGUACGCUGCCAGGCCCUGCGCAAGAGCUGCCAGGGCACCUGGCUCCUGUCUGUCUCUGAGGCAAGAUCCAGUUUGUUUCGGGAUCCUUGAACCCCAGCUACAUCAGCGCCGACUUCGCUCAAGAUGGCACCAGCAGUCGGAGGGCCCCAGGGAUACACCCCACCGGAGGGAGGGUGGGGUUGGGCUGUGGUAGUCGGUGCCUUCAUCUCCAUCGGGUUCUCCUACGCCUUUCCCAAAUCCAUCACAGUGUUCUUCAAAGAGAUCGAGGUCAUCUUCAAUGCAUCAAGCAGCAAAGUCUCCUGGAUUUCUUCCAUCAUGUUGGCUGUCAUGUAUGGAGGAGGUCCCAUCAGCAGCAUCCUGGUGAACAAGUACGGCAGUCGGCCCAUCAUGAUUGCCGGGGGGUGCCUGUCGGGCUGCGGCUUGAUCGCCGCGUCCUUCUGUAACACGGUGGAGGAGCUGUAUUUCUGCGUGGGGGUUGUUGGAGGUCUUGGGCUGGCUUUCAACUUGAACCCAGCCUUGACCAUGAUCGGCAAGUACUUCUUUAAGAAGCGCCCGUUGGCUAAUGGGCUCGCUAUGGCAGGGAGCCCCGUGUUCUUGUCUACAUUGGCACCUGUGAACCAAAUCUUCUUCGGUAUCUUUGGCUGGAGGGGAAGCUUUUUAAUUCUUGGCGGCCUUCUGCUGAACUGCUGCGUGGCCGGAUCUCUGAUGCGACCGAUAGGCCCCAAACCCGAUCAGGUGAAGAAAGAGGUCACUAAAGAAGCAUUGCAGGAGGCCGGGAAAGCUGGUCUGAAAAAAGAGGAAGGAUCUGGUGAUGCCAGUGCAGACCUGAUUGCGGGAAAGGCCAAGAAGGAGAAGCUCACGGUUUUCCAGACCAUCAACAAGUUCUUGGACUUGUCCCUGUUCACCCACAGAGGGUUCUUGAUCUACCUGUCGGGCAACGUUAUCAUGUUCUUUGGCCUGUUCACUCCCUUGGUCUUCCUCAGCAACUACGCCAAGAGCAAGCACAUCGCGAACGAGUCGGCUGCCUUCCUGCUCUCCAUUCUGGCCUUCGUAGACAUGGUGGCCAGGCCUUCCAUGGGCCUGGUGGCCAACACCAAGUGGAUCAGGCCCAGGGUGCAGUACUUCUUUGCUAUCUCCGUGAUCUACAACGGCGUGUGCCACCUCCUGGCUCCCUUAUCCACCUCCUACGCCGGGUUCUGCGUCUACGCGGGCUUCUUUGGAUUUGCUUUCGGCUGGCUCAGCUCUGUCCUGUUUGAGACACUGAUGGACCUGGUGGGCACUCAGAGGUUCUCCAGCGCUGUCGGGCUGGUGACGAUCGUGGAGUGCUGCCCCGUGCUCCUGGGACCCCCUCUUCUAGGAAAACUCAAUGACAUGUAUGGUGACUACAAAUACACCUACUGGGCCUGUGGCAUCAUCCUGAUCGUCUCUGGGAUCUACCUCUUUGUGGGAAUGGGAAUCAACUACCAGCUGCUGGCGAAGGAGCAGAAGGCAGAGGAUAAGCUGAAGAAGGAAGGGAAGGAGGAGGAGACCAACGUGGACGAGGUGGAGAAGCAGAAGGAGGCAAACAACGACGUGGCCACCCUGCCACAGAAGAGCGUGGAGGACGGGGUAAAGGAGGAGGAGAGCCACAUGUGAGGGACCCGGGCUUUGGCAUUUUCCUCCUGGAGGGGUCGGAGGAAGCUGUCGCUCUGAAACGUUACCGGCAGGGCAGUUCCCCAGACACCGAGCCGUCGUGAGAAGUGUAUAAACCAGGUGUUCAUUUUUAGCACAGCUCUUUCCAUCUGCGCUCUGCCGCGGUCAGAGCUGUGUGCGCAGUAUCCUUGUGUUGGGGGGGUGGGGGGUGUUUUUAUAUGUUGGCUUUUUAACCGUUACAUGAAUGUACUAAUAUGUGCCUUAAAGUUUCCACACCUAUUUGACUUUGGAGAGAGCCUUAACUCCACUUUGUAAACCAUGGUGUAGUUAGUUUUUUGUACUUUGUUUAGAGGGGGGUUUAAAAAGCCAUAAAAGAGGAUACUGGAUGAGAUGAGGCUUGACUGCCUUCACUGCCGUGUCUAAAAUGAAUACUGCUUCACACGCUUCUUACUGCCAGACUCCCCGUGGAGGUAGGGAGGCUUUUGUUGGGGUGGGGGGUGGGGAGGGGGGCAUGGUCUUUAGAAUAAAUACGAGCAGAUAAACACUUGGGUGCCUGAGGCCAUCUGGUUGUCUCCUAGGCUGUGUCUAGCACCUUGUGAAAACACUGUAGUUACUGUAGGUUUUUUCCAGUCUCCCCUUCCUUGUAGUGAAAUCUUUGUGGAAGACUCUGAAAUGGCUGACCCAGAGAAGCGAGGCUCGCCCGCUGUUCUGUAACGCUCUGUUCUCUGCUCCUUGGGGUCUAGCCAGGUUUCUGUGCAGGCUUUCCUCCCACUCUCCCAAGCGGGGCCUGAUAGCAUGGGAAGCAUUCGGAGUCUGGUCCGUGCCGCUUUUCUAGGCCAGAGACUUGCCAGCUGCAUCCUUGACACCUUGUCUGACGGUAACACUAUGAGAUGAAAUGGGUACCGGCGCAGGAGAGCGAGCUGCAGAGCUGGGCCUGUGCCUACAUCCUUCCGACAGCAAUCCCAGCUGGCCCGGGCUGGAGCCGUGUGUCAUGCGGACACGGAGUCUGGUUUGGAAGUCUCCAGCUGCUGUCUCACUUGAAAUUGGCUGCCUGCCACUGGCAG